CCGUCUCCCGGAACAUGGGAACAAACAAAGAACAUCUUUGUCCUACUCCCCUCUCCUCGCAGUUCUCCCUCAAAAUCGAUCCUUUUCUCGAGGAAAUCAGUCUCCCCUCUCUCUCUGUGACCCAGGUCUUCGAUUCCUACAAAUCUUGAUGAUACCCGGUUUCCAAGUUUCGAUUUUUCCUCUCUGAAUCCCUUAAUUAACUUCCUUCUUCUGGUCUGUAACUUCGAUGGGUGUAAUUGUUUUAGGUCUGGUAGCUCGCCUAUGGAUAUUCAUGAUCUUUUGGGAGACUCUAGACCCGCAAGUCUUCCUACAAAGAGUGCAAUUUACGUCUGGGGAUACAAUCAAUGUGGGCAGACUGGCAGGAAUGAGAAAGAGUGUCAGUUGAGGAUCCCCAAGCAGCUGCCACCCGAGCUUUUCGGGUGCCCUGCAGGGCAGAAUUCACGGUGGCUGGAUAUUGCUUGCGGCCGUGAGCAUACAGCUGCUGUGGCGUCUGAUGGGUCUCUCUUUACUUGGGGGGCUAAUGAUUUUGGGCAACUGGGAGAUGGAACAGAGGAGAGGAGAAAGUACCCAAAGAAAGUAAAUCAAUUGCAGACAGAAUUUGUGAAAUCAGUGUCCUGUGGAGCACAUUGCACUGCUGCUAUUGCAGAACCUUGUGACAAUGAUAGAACAGUCCCAAGAAGCAGGCUGUGGGUUUGGGGCCAGAAUCAGGGGUCGGACUUCCCUCGUCUAUUUUGGGGGGCCUUUACUCCGGACACGGUCGUUCGUGAAGUGUCUUGUGGGGCAGUCCAUGUGGUGGCUUUAUCAGAAGGAGGCUUGCUUCAAGCUUGGGGCUACAAUGAGUAUGGCCAGCUCGGGAGGGGUAUCACGUGUGAAGGACUGCAGGGGGCCCGUGUAAUAAAUGCAUACGGAAAGUUUCUUGAUGAAGCCCCUGAGCUCGUGAAGAUUGCCCGAGUCUCAUGUGGGGAGUACCACACGGCUGCUAUAUCAGAUAAAGGAGAGGUUUACACAUGGGGCCUGGGAAGCAUGGGGCAGCUUGGACAUUGUUCUCUCCAAUACGGGGACAAGGAGCUGUUGCCGAGACGUGUGGCCGCCCUCGAUGGGGUUGUCAUAAAUGACGUUUCCUGUGGUGGGGUCCACACCUGUGCUGUCACCGAGCUUGGUGCUCUCUAUGCCUGGGGCGGUGGGCAGGCCGGGCAGUUGGGCCUCGGGCCCCAAGGUGGGUUCUUCUCAUGCGCUCCCAAUGAGUCUGACCCUUUGCUCAGGAAUAUUCCUGUUCUGGUCAUUCCAAAGGGUGUGAAACUCGUGGCUUGUGGGCACUCCCACACCCUUAUCUGCACUAAGGAUGGUAGGAUUCAUGGGUGGGGCUAUAACAGCUAUGGGCAAGCAGCCAAUGAGAAGUCUACUUAUGCCUGGUACCCGUCUCCAGUCGACUGGUAUGUUGGGGAGGUCCGGAAGUUGGCGGCUGGAGGGGGCCACUCUGCUGUCUUGACUGAUGCUUGCUCUCUGAAGGAGCUGUGCGAGUUUAUGCUGGCAGAUUCAGUUACUUUGUCCAAUGCCUCUCAAAUUGAGGAUGUGGCAUCCCGAACUGGAUCAGAUGCAUUAGCUCGCCUCUGUGAAAGAUGGAGGGAGUAUCUGCUUGAGGGGGCCAAUUGUGAAUAUGAACAUAACGAGAUUGUAGCUAAAAAGUGAUUAUAACUCAGGUAUCAGUUAGGCCAUCAUUCUUCAUGUGUGAUUGGCUGAGGUCAGUUGGGUCCCGAAAAUUAGUCAUAUACCACACUCAUUCAUAUUACAGAUUAGUCCAUUGUUGUGUCGAGGAAACUGUGGUGUAAAUGUGUAAUUCCUGUUGUUAAGUUGGUCCCGAAGAUGAACUGAAACUGAACUAAGGCUGUGAUGAUCUGACAAAACUCGCAAUUGAGGAAUAAAUAUUAUUCAUUA